AGCUGGUCGUGCUUCUACAAUCAAUCUUUCAUAUAAAUUUUUUUUGUCACGUUCCGUUCCACAAAGAGCAAACAUUACGAGUUUGAAAAACGCAUCACCAAUCGCAUCAUCAAUUGUAUGGUUGAGAUCACUGGAAUUUUCAACAACACUGUGUUAGAACUGGAGCAAAAAUUAUUUGGAUGACUGGCGUCAGAACUCUGUGUGGUAAAACAACAGCAAAUGAAUGAAAAAGAAUCAUAAUUUGUCGAUGGAAAACCAUUGUCAACCCCAUCCCCAAAUUAGAUGUAUGACGAUAAUUUCGAUGUGCAGAUUUAUCAUCGGUGACAUAUAAAACAAAACGAGUUGCAGACACAACACAUGUUUGAUCGAAAAACAUUCGAAAAACGACACUAAACAAAAUCGAAAAUACUUGAGCUUAUUCAUACAUAGAUACGCACGCAAAUAAAUACAAACGGGAAAGUUGUUAAUCGUACGGUACACAAAAAGACGUUUUGCAAUUUGCAAGUCUAUAAGCCAGAGUGAUCUAGGAAAAAAAAGCGCGAGCGCGCGUACACACACACACACGCAUACACUCACACACUGUGAAAAUUUGAAUUGAUGUGGAAAAUUGUUAUGCAAAUGAUGUUAUGUAUAUUUGAAAUGGAAUUUAUUGCAUGAAAAACAAGGACGAACGAUAUCUAGAAUCCAUUUAAAUGCUAACAUUCGAUUGUGCAUAGCGAAAACGUAUUCAUACAUAAAAAGACACUGACACACACGGGCGCACAUAAAAUCGCUCAAAGUUUUUUGUAUUCGAUUGCCAUUUCUCAAGUGCAAAAAUAAACACUGAAAAGCCAACGAAAAGAAAGACUUUAAAUCCGAAAGGGCUUGAAUACAAAGACCUAUACGAAAAACCAAACUACAAUUUCAGCUGUGCAUAUAAAACGUAUCACCACCGUGAGAUAAAUACAGAUUUCCUUGUGCAAAAACAUGACUGGUUAACUAAAUACGUUCAGAAUCAUACGGUGCGCAGACAAAUUGGAAGUCAAAGCAAAACGGUUGAGAUUGUGUCUAAUAAAAAUAAUGAAGAUAGCUCAAAUGAAAUGGUUGCCGUGACUGAAAUACCAACAUUUGUUAUUCUCAUGUUCUGAAUUGACACAGCUUAACAUUCAUAAAUAGACACGCACACAAAUUGAGUGAUAGUGAAACAGAAGGCGAUACGAUGGUUUCGGUGACAAACUCAUCGGAAGUGGCUCAAAUUACAAAAUUGAUGAUGUCAUAUAAGUUCAAUAAUCCAAUGGACAUGCAGUCAAAUAUCAGCACUCAUCUACUUCCACCAUAUCUCAUCGAUAGUAGUGAAUGUAAUACCACAAGAUGUGCUGAAAUGCUUAUGAAUAGCUAUAUGAACAAUUUCACAUUAUACAUAUCAUGCCCAUCCAUUCAAAUGCCAGUUGGUAGUUUAAUAUCGAUGAUUUUAUACGCACUUGUCUGUAUAAUUGGUCUAUUUGGCAAUACACUGGUCAUUUAUGCGGUGCUACGUUUUUCAAAAAUGCAAACCGUCACCAAUAUGUACAUUUUAAAUUUGGCUAUCGCGGAUGAGUGUUUUUUGAUUGGAAUACCAUUUUUAAUAAUAACAAUGCAUCUGGGCGAAUGGACAUUUGGCAAGGCAAUGUGCAAAGCAUACAUGGUUUCAACAUCGAUAACACAGUUUACAUCGUCGAUUUUUUUGUUUAUAAUGUCAGCCGAUCGAUAUAUUGCUGUAUGUCAUCCGGUGUCAUCGACACGUUAUCGGUCACCAUUUGUUGCAAAAAUUGUGGCAGCAAUUGCAUGGACAACAUCCGCUGUAAUAAUGCUACCGGUUAUGUUAUACGCGACCACAAUUGAAAAAGAAAGUAAAAAGAUGACAUGCAACAUCGAAUGGCCACAAGAUAAUGAAGCCGGCUCUGGUACAACGUUCACCUUAUACUCGUUAAUACUUGGUUUUUUAAUUCCAUUGAGUUUGAUUUUAUUAUUUUAUUCGAUGGUAUUGCGUAAAUUACAAACGGUCGGCCCAAAAACUCGAUCCAAAGAGAAAAAACGAUCACAUCGCAAGGUUACCAAAUUGGUGCUUACCGUUAUUACCGUUUACAUACUAUGUUGGUUACCAUACUGGAUUUCGCAAGUAGCUCUGAUCACAUCGCCACCUCACGUUUGUAAUACACGACUACAAAUCACAUUAUUCGUUUUAGUCGGUUGUUUAGGUUAUUCGAAUAGUGCAAUGAAUCCAAUUUUAUAUGCAUUUUUGAGUGAUAAUUUCAAGAAGAGCUUUUUGAAAGCGUUCACAUGCACGGCUGGCAAAGAUUUUAACACCCAAUUACAAUUGGAAAAUAGUUUCUUUCCACGUUUCGGUAAACGAAGCUCGGAGAAAUUUUGCUCGACAACGAAAACUGGCGGCGCUGCUGGCGGUAUUAUUGUAACAAAUGCCAGUAAUAAUAAUUUAGCCGUUUCGGGUGGCAGUGAUCGACCAAUGCAAACCACAUGCAGUCUCAAUUUUAGCUACAAAUAUGUCAGCGAUGGCAGUAAAAGUCCACAAAAUGAAAGCCGACACUUAGAAAUGCAAAGUCCAAAAAGCGAUACAAUGAGUCUUUAUGGUCUCAAUGAACGACCGCCCGUUCUACAUACAGAUCUUUAAACCGUCGUCGUCAUCAUCAUCAUCAUCGUCAACAACACAAAUAUUUUAGAUUUAUCUAUUUAGAUGUAGAUGUUACUAACACAUUGAAUUUGAGUCAAUCUAAUUGAAUAAAUUGCAUUGAACAAUAAAAAAAUUAGAUUAUCUAUGUAUAUUUAUGUGUAUUGAUAAGAUCCAUUUUUUCUUCAAUGCAAUUCGUUUAUUUUUUUUCGGUUUUUCAGUGGUUCAGUAAACAAAAUCAACGCCACUUUUGAUCACUUUCGAUUUUUUCAAUUGAGAAAGGCAACAUUUAAACAAACAAAAAGUCAUUCUGAGUGGCUGCAGAUUAAUCGGCACUCCGCUGCAACUUAAAAACGUAUACUUCAAAAGUAAAAUUAAAAUAUUUGAAUAUUGUUUCAAUAAAAAAA